UGGAGGGAGGGAGACAGUCGGUUGGACCGCUGCUGUUGCCGCUGCCGCCGCUUCGCUGCUCCAUGGACGAGACCAGCCCGCUGCGCUCGCCGCUCCAGCCGCCGCCCGACACCUACCUGGCCACGGUGGUCACGGCCAGCCGGGGGGCGGCGGGAGCGGGCGGCGCGGUGCGUGUACCCGCCGCCGCCGCCUCCUCCUCCUCCUCCUCUCCGCCCGGUUCCCCCGGCGGCCGCGGGCACGAGCGCCAGCCGCUGCUGGGCGGGCACGCGCACUGGCACGGGCACGCGCCCGCCGUCCUCAACGAGUUCCCGGACGAGCCCGAGAUGGCGGAGGCGCUGCGGCGCGCGGAGCAGGCGCAGGAGUUGGGCGUCCACCCGCAGCGCAUCAGCCAGGGCUCCAGCGGCAGCUACUUCAGCAGAGACCCGCAGGGGAGCAUCAUAGGUGUUUUUAAACCUAAAAACGAGGAGCCAUACGGACACCUGAACCCCAAGUGGACCAAAUGGCUGCAGAAACUGUGCUGUCCAUGUUGUUUUGGCAGAGACUGUCUCGUUCUCAAUCAGGGUUAUCUCUCAGAGGCUGGGGCAAGCUUGGUGGACCAGAAACUGGGGCUGAAUAUCGUACCAAGGACUAAGGUAGUACAUUUAGCAAGUGAAACUUUCAACUACAGUGCGAUUGACAGAGUGAAAUCCCGGGGUAAGAAACUGGCUCUCGAGAAAGUGCCAAAAGUAGGGCAACGGUUUCAUCGGGUAGGCCUACCACCCAAGGUUGGUUCCUUCCAGCUGUUUGUUGAAGGCUAUAGAGACGCGGAUUAUUGGUUGCGCAGGUUUGAGGCAGAGCCUUUACCCGACAAAAACAACCAGCAGCUGCAGAUGCAGUUCGAGAGGCUGGUAGUCCUGGACUACAUCAUCAGAAACACAGAUCGAGGUAAUGAUAACUGGCUGAUUAAAUACGACUGCCCUACGGAUGGAGCUAGCACGAAGGACCCUGACUGGGUGGUGGUGAAGGAUCCUAUAAUAAAGAUAGCAGCCAUAGACAACGGAUUGGCAUUUCCUCUGAAGCACCCAGACUCGUGGCGGGCAUAUCCUUUCUACUGGGCCUGGUUACCUCAAGCAAAGACACCAUUUUCGCAGGAAAUUAAGGACCUUGUUCUUCCGAAGAUUUCAGAUCCAAACUUCAUCAAAGAUCUCGAAGAGGAUCUUUAUGAGCUCUUCAAGAAAGAUCCUGGUUUUGAUCGAGGACAGUUCCACCAGCAAAUUUCUGUCAUGAGAGGGCAGAUCUUGAACCUCACACAGGCUUUGAAGGAUGGGAAGUCGCCUCUGCAACUCAUCCACAUCCCGCCGGUCAUCGUCGAGACGACUCGGAGCCACCAUCGGAGCAACGACUUGUACACACAGAGCUUCCAGAGCAGGAAACCCUUCUUCACGUGGUGGUAGCGUGGCCGCAGAGAGGGAGAGCCAUCCCGCGAACAUAGUGAUUGAAGGUCCUGACCGUUCUCGUCUCCUUCACCCUCAGUGGGUUUGUGUCACUACUUGCAGAGCGAGAGGGGCCCGCUUUGUGCGUUGCCCCGUGUAUGACCAUUGCACAAGAUGUCACUACGUCCCUACAAAAUGGUGUACGUGGGGGAAUUCUUCUGGAUUUGCACUUAAUUCAAGUACCCUUCCCCGAAUGGUUCCAUCAUUCCUCUACACCCAGCUCCGCUUGGACCCACUGGAAUUGAUGCUGCUGCUUCUAUUGAGCUAAUUUGUGAUGCUUUAGGCGCAGUCUCUCUCCGCUGUCUUAACUCUCUCCUGUUUACUGAGCCCCGGAACUGCAGUUUGUUUUGCACUAUUAAUGGUUUUGGUUCAAAUUGCAACCAGGCGCACUUCACGGUGAAUGUAUGGCCGUGCUGAAAAUGGAACAAUCUGCUAUGUUCAUCGUCCUUCCCAACCCACCUGGCAGCGCGUUCCUGCUUUGAAAAGAUGUCAAGAGAUCUGCGAUUACCAGAAGCAAUCGUGCCGCCGUGCUUUGAACAAACAUCUGUGAGGAGGGACGUGACUUAAUGUUCGUUCGAUUGGGAUGGGUCGCCGCGGAGAGGAGAAAGGGCAUGAUAAUUACUCCCAUCCGCUCACCACAACCUUGCCGCAGUCUGAAUACCCUGGCGGGAUCGAAACCUUCCUCGCUGCAGACUUCAUCCUCUAACCUACGGCAUGAGUCUGCACUUCUGUAGAUAACUCCCCUCCCUCUCCUGCUCUCCUCCCUGACCUCCUGCUCCCCUACAUUACACCUGUUUAAGUAGGGGAAGGAAGGGGUGUGCAUGUGAAAUGGCAUUCAGUCUACAUAGUUCGAUUGAUCAUGAACAAGAAAUAACUGCAAUCAGAAGCCAAUAUAGCAUGUAUACAAACAUGCAUGUAUAUAUAUCUAUAUUAAAAAAAACAAGCCAAAAAUAAUUGUUAAUGCAAAACAUUUUGCACCAGGGUCUUGUAGCUGCCUGCUAUUUCCAGUGCACCACCUCUUGGCAUUAUUGGUUUUAAUCUUGCUGUGACUCAAGUAUGCUCAGCAGAUUCAUGUUCAGGUUGCUAAUAUUCCACUUUGCUGAUCUUUCUGCCUUUAUUUCCUCUCCCAAACAAAGUUAUUUCUCUGGAGCAGUGAUGGCGGAGUGAAAGGAGGUGGUGCUGGUCUUUGAAACGGUCUGCUUCCUUGGCUCCCAGUUGUCAGACUGAGGAGACGAGUGUCUUUCCUCUUGAUUCCCCAUGCUUCCUGCCUUCACAUUGGGUGCAGUGGGGAAAGCAAGCUGUUGGCCAGAGGUCAAGGAGACUGUGUUGAGAGGCAGGUGAUGUCCCAUUUAGGUCAUGUGUUCCCCUUGGAAUGGGCAACUUGCUUCAUCUCUGAAGUUGGGCACAUACACCGCAAGGUUUAAAGAUUCUCUCUGAUUUGCUGCAUUAUAAGCCACAGAAUGAUCACCCACAUAAUGAGAGGAGGUAACAGCCUCUGAUUUGUUCUUUUUAUUAAAAUGCUUAAUAUGAGAAAUAAGCUGCUUGAAAUACAAACUCUGACCUUUAGAGCCAGAUUCCUGAUUAGAUCGAGCAAUUGGCUGAUUUGCAAAUGGAUCUACUUAAAAAUUGAAUGGAUGGCCCUCAUCUCUCCUGUGGUGAAUCUGAUGUUCUCUGAUUCCAGGCAAGCAGAAACUACCUUGUAGCUCUUAACUUUGUCAUCCCCUGACUAAGAGACAGCAGAAUUAAAACGGUGUCCAAGUUAUCCUUUGGUACGUUCAAGAUUGAAACACAAGCGUGCAGUAAAAUAAUAAUUGCUUCAGUAGCUGUAAUGCCCAGACUGGAUUGCGUCUGCUUCUAACACUAAAUCCUGCGGUUUUAUAGACCCUGCUCCUAAUUAUUAUUGAGGUAGAGAGAGGGUUGAGGUGUGCAACACGCUUUGUAAAUUUGUACUGAUGGUGAGCCAUCAUCGAGGCUGAUCAACGUUUGAAAGCUUCUAACGUCCUCUGAAGUUUUAUUUAACAAUCGUUUACAGAAGCAAGGUGGUCUCGGAUGUGAAAGGAGUCAACGUGCUCCCACAUCACAGCUAUAGAUCCUGGUGUCUUGCUCAAUUACUAAAACAUGGUGCAACAAUAGCUUGGCUUGAGUGAGUGGGAUCACAAUACAACUUUACAUAUCAGCAAAUAUCUCUCCAUCCAUCUUUGUCACCAGAAAUCUUUGCAAGAAUUGCAGAUGCUACUUAAAAAAAGCGACACAAAGCACCGGAGUAACGCAGCGGGUCAGGCAGCAUUUCUGGCGAACAUGGAUAGGUGUUGUUUUGGGUGGGAAUUCUUCAUUGAAGACCCUUUCGGACCCAAAACGUCACCAAUUCAUAUUAUCCAGAGAUGCUGCCUGAUGUGCUGAGUUACUCCAGCACUUUGUCUCUUUUUUUGUAAACCAUCAUCUGCAGUCUCCUCCAUCUUUGAAUUAGAUACUUUUGACGAUCCUUUGGCAUAGAAACCCCCUUCCCCAUUCUUUUUAUUAAUCUUGUGUCUUUUAACAUUUUUUCCAAAAUUUUGUAAAAAAAAAAAACAAGGAACUGCAGAUGCUGGUUUACAAAACAAAGACAAAGUGCUGGAGUAACUCAGCGGGUCAGGCAACAUCUCUGGAGGACACGGAUAAGUCUAAAGACGGGUCGAUCUGAGGAGCGGCAUAGAGAUGCUACCUCACAGUGCCAGUAUAUGAACCUGAAACGCCACCUACUCGUGUUCUCCAGAGAUGCUGCCUGACCUGCCGAGUUACUUGCUCUGUGACUUCCUUUGCAUCCAUUUUGUGUCAACAGAGAGUAAAACGUUAUUGAAUGCGGUCAGUCCUACCUUGAGUACACGUGGGUACUUUUAAGGAAGAAAAGCUAUUUAGUUGAUAAGUGUGACUUUAUGUUGGUGUUACAAGCUUGUCUGCCAAUCUCUCCCAACUCUGAGGUGGAAGAGAACUUAGGUUUGUUUUUUUAGGGAGGAGAUGGGAUAUCUAAAAUGAGCACAUAAUGCUCCUGUGUCCUGCUACGGCCCGCCAUCUUAUUUUGACCUAUUUUAAAACUUAAUUUAAUAAUAAAAUGGGAGAAUUGGGCAGUAAAGUAAGAACGGCUAGUUGCUACCACAACAAACGUGCUGAGAUUCAGGAACGGCAGUGGAGAAUUCAAGUUGCCUAUUUGCAACUGAACAUUAUUUUCCCACGGCCACUACUCUUGCCGGUAAAGGUUGUGAACUUCGCCAAGUUCAUCUACUAUCAUCUCGAAUGUCCAAUAUUUUGCCUUGUUUAUUAAUACAUUUUUAAGCAGAGGUUAAUUAAUGCCCUGAGCUAAAUCUGACCAUAGCCUCAUCUACUCGGUAUGUGUUCUGGCCAAGUCGGCUGUUCAUUCACCAGGUGAAUUUAUUUUGCACUGGGGCUAAGUUAUCAACAAAACGUCACUGAAUUAAUAGGCUUUAAUUUAUUUCCUUACACAAUUAUUUAAUGUGUAUAAAGUGUGCAGCAAUAGCUUUAACCUGGGUUGAUUUUGUUGAGCUACGCAAGUGAUGGAAUGGUGGUGGUGUGUUGUUUGGGGUAUCCUUUACACUGUGCUUCCUGUUUUCUCGCAGCGUUCAGUGCCAAGUGGAGCUAGUUAGCUAAUGUGAAGAAGAAUUAUCUGGCUUCUAUCUACAAAAUGAGUGAACACAUUGGGCAAAGGUUAAGUGUUCAACUUUUGAUUUAUUCCUGGGGGGAGGUAUUUGAAAUGUGAAUGGAAAAUCCUCAAAGUAAGCUGCACAGUUUUGAAUCCCGUAGAGGUUAUUUUAGAGCAUUGUAAACGGAUAGCUGUGAAGUUAAGUUGGUCAGCACACUUACUGUGUUCUUUUGUGAAUUAAACCAACUGAUCAUUUGUACUUUAAUGUAUUCCCUCAGCUGUGAUCGGAGAGAGACGAUUCCAGAACCCCGACACCACAUUUUGUAGGAAGGAACUACAGGUGCUGAAUUAUAUCGAAGAUAGACACACGCUGCAGUGGGUGAGGCAGCAUCUCUGGAGAAUAGGAAUAGGUGAAGUUUUUCAGGUCAGAACCCUUCUUCAACAUCACCUACUCCAUUCCUCCAGAGAUGCUGCCUGACCCGUUGAGCUACUCCAGCAUUUUGUGUCUCUCUACUGACAACACAUCAUCACAUUUGUUAGAAAAUAUACUGGCUAUUCUUUUUGGUUUCCCAGGGUGCACAUUAAUGCAUUAAUGCAUUGACAGAAGCAAUCUCUGCAGUAAUUUUUUGUGGCACAGUGCAAUAGUUCUGAUUCGAGGAACUCGAUUGGAAGGUGCCUGUGUAAUGCUGUCGAUGACUGAAACAAAUAAAACUUCAAAUAUUCUA